AUGGCCUUGAAUUUCGCUGCCUCCUCUCUUUCCCAAGUAUCUUCUUCUACCACCAGUCCUCCUCAAUUUCUAAUCCCAAAGCACAAGUGCCUCUUCAAGCUCUACCCUUCUUCUUCCUUUUCUUGUACUAAAGCAUCUGCUCGAUCAGAAGGUGCUGGAAGUGGAGUUACAGAAGAAGAUCCUCUUUCCUUUUCAGGGUCUCUGUCUUCCACACGCACACAGCUCGAUCUCUUAGAACAACUCACCUCUACCAGCUCAUCCGCUGAUGGAUAUGAGAGUGAUGGUAGUUCUGGUAAAAUUACAAUUCGUGAGCAGCUGGCGCGAUUGGUUGGAGAUAGAGAUGAUGAUUUCACCAUUUCAUUGGGUAAAAAAACUUGA